AUGCGAAAGGGGGAGGCGAAAUCCGGAUUCCAGACCCCAAAGUCCCAGCGCCGGACCGGCUCUGCACGAGGCUCAGACGCGGGCCUGCACGCCGCCGCCAUCUUGCCUAAUCCUCCCUCCUCGAGGAGUGCACGGAGGCUAGCUAAGGAGAUGGCACACGUUGAGGGGAACGCUCAGGACAUCCGUGCAGGUGAAGCACAGCCUGUCCCUCCGGCUCAGGAUGCAGCCCAAGAGGCAAUCACACGCCCGAUCCUGGAGGCCAUAACUGCCAGCAAGGCCGCGGUCAUGGGGGAGCGGAAUACUUGGCAGGAGGGCUCUCAGAUCAUAACCCACUCUCUAUCUCGUUGCUCUUCCCGGCGGGUGGGGGGGGCAGGAGCUGGAGACUGUCCGGGAUGGUUACAGGAGGAGCAGGUUUCCAAUCACCUACUGGAAGCAGUUGACAACUACUGGACUCAGAACGUGGACUCGGCUGAUCCACUAGUAGUAUGGGAUGCGUUUAAGGCUGUGAUACGGGGGGAAUCAAUAACUGCCAUUAAGAGGGUCAGAGUAGAUCAGAAUGCGACCAUUCAAGAACUUCAGGACAGGGAGAGGGAAUGUGCGUCUGUACACGCUACGGACCGGACGGAUGUUUCUUACUCUGCCCUGUUGGAGGCGAGACGUAGACUUUCAAUGCACUGUAAUGAUCUUGCACAUACGGAGGCUGCACACAGAGCUAAUUCACUGUUUUCUGAAGGGGACAAGAAUGGGAAGCUUUUGGCUAGGUUGGUGGCGGAGCAAAACCACAUAGAACAUAUAUCGGUGGUGAGGGGACGUGAUGGAGAACUGGUCGGGGACCCGAUGGAAGUUCUAGCGGAGUUUCAGGCAUUCUUUUCAACCCUGUAUGCUCCGAUACCACCGUAUGACAAAGAGGCUCUGAAUAAUUUGUUAGGGGGCUUAUCCCUUCCCAAGCUGACGGAGGACGAUAGUAAAGAUUCCCUAGAAUGCUCAUCGUAUAGACCCAUAGCGCUGCUUAACAUGGACCUUAAGAUUCUGACGAAAGUUUUAGCAAAAAGGCUGGCGCUGGUCAUCUCAUCCCUGGUGGAUGUAGACCAGACAGGUUUUAUGCCAGGAAAAUCCACUGAUACUAAUUUGAGAAGGCUUUUUACACAUUUACAGCUCCCUAAUAUAGAUUCGGCAGACAGGACCAAUGCAAAGCUCUCCAUUUUCUGCAGGGUUUACACAAGAGAAUACAGACAUCUCCUGGCUUUUAUAUUUGCUAUUGGUGAGAUAAACCGCAGUCCAGAUAUUCUUCCCAACAUAACUCUGGGAUAUCAUGUGUAUGAUUCUUGUGGACAUGUCAAUAAAGCUAUAAAAGAUGUUCUACAGAUUUUGUCUGGACAUACAAAGGAAGCUCCAAAUUAUUCCUGUAUGGAGCGGGGUGCCCUGGCUGGUUUCAUUGGAGAUCUCAAUUCUGACACCACUCUCCAAAUGGCCCAGCUGCUGAAUCUAUAUGGUUACACCCAGAUUAGUUAUGGAGCCAGAGAUACGUUGCUGAGUGAUAGAAAGAUGUAUCCAAACUUUUUCCGGACAGUUCCGGAUGAUGAGAUGCAAUAUGUGGCCAUAGCAAAGUUACUGGAAAGGUUGAAGUGGAACUGGGUCGGGAUCCUUACAUCUGAUGAUGAAUACGGAGAGAGGGAGAUCCGACAACUCAGCAAACAUUUAUCCGAUCAUGGAAUUUGUAUUGAAUUCAAGAUUCUGGUGUCUAAAGAGAAUUGUGAUAAAAUUCCUCCAGAGCUGCGGAGCUCAACCACGGAAGUUCUUAUUAUUUGUGGCUCACUGUCCCGCUAUGUAAAAGAAGUCCAGUACAAGGAUCCGAAUGGCGAGGUCAUGAUUUUUAAUGAUAAAGGAGAACUGCCCAGCCCAAUGGAAAUUGUAAAUUGGAUUACAAGAAUUAAAGAUAGAAAUAUCACUGAUUGGAUGAUUGUGGGUCACUUUGAUGGGUCCCUUUCAGAGGGUCAGCAACUUACACUAGAACCAGAGCGAAUAUCAUGGAAAGGAGACAAGGUCCCAAGAGGUCAAUGCUCCGAGGAAUGUCUUCCGGGGUUCAGAAAAUCUGUAAGAGAAGGAUAUCACCCAUGUUGUUAUAAUUGUGCUCCGUGUUCAGAAGGAGAAAUAUCAAACCAAUCUGACAGUGAAAACUGCAUGAAAUGUCCUGAUGAUGAAUGGCCAAAUGAGAAGAAGGAUCGGUGUGUUCCAAGAGUGGUGGAAUUUCUCUCCUACACUGAUGAUCCCAUUGUUGGAGUAUUUUCAGCUGUCUCCAUCCUCUGUUGUCUUCUGACUGGUUUAAUAUUGGGGAUAUUUAUACAUUACCAGGACACCCCCAUUGUUAAAGCCAAUAACCGGAACCUGAGCUAUCUUCUCCUGGUCUCCAUCAUGCUGAGCUUCCUCUGUGUCUUCUUGUUCCUCGGCCAUCCAGUAGAUGUGACCUGCAUGCUGCGUGUCACCUCUUUUGGUGUCAUCUUCUCAGUUGCCGUCUCUUCUCUACUUGCCAAAAGUAUCAUGGUGUGUAUUGCUUUUAAAGCCACCAAACCCGGGAGUCCCUGGAGGAAAUGGAUGGGAGCCAAACUGUCCAAUUUUAUCAUUUUUGUCUUUUCACUGGUUCAACUCAUAAUCUGUGUCACUUGGUUGUCUAUUUCUCCCCCCUUCCAGGAUUGGGACAUUCACUCUUAUCAGGGGAAGAUCAUCAUUCAGUGUAAUGAGGGUUCAGUUAUCGGCUUCUACUCUGUCCUGGGAUAUAUGGGGCUUCUGGCAGCUGUGAGCUUCAUUAUCGCUUUUUUAGCCAGGACAUUACCGGACAGUUUUAAUGAGGCCCAGUACAUCACCUUCAGCAUGCUGGUGUUCUGCAGUGUCUGGAUUGCCAUGAUCCCAGCCUAUCUGAGCACCAGAGGGAAAUACAUGGUGGCUGUGGAGGUUUUUGCUAUAAUGGCCUCAAGUUCUGGACUUCUUGGCUGUAUAUUUUUCCCAAAAUGUUACAUAAUUCUGUUCAGACCUGACCUGAAUACAAAAGCAGCAAUCCACUAAUAUAUAUGGAGGAACGCCGGGUUACCAGUAGUCAUAGCAUUAUCUCUAUUAUUGUUAAUUUUAGUAUUUUGCUAGAGUAUUGAGAAUGAACAUUGUUUAGUUUAAAUAUUUAAUUCUUACCUCUCUGAUGGAUGGUUUAAUUUCUGCUCUGGACACCGCUAGGAUCACACACUUUGGGUUGGUUGGAAACCUUGUCCCCUGUGGGGUGUAGUGGUUCCUCCCACCAGCUGUUACAUCACUACAGAACAAUAUAGUCACUCAGUGAGGAGGAACCACAGUGACCAGAGGAGGACAAAGUAUCCAAAUCAUCCUAAAGUGUCAGAUACCAGAGACACCAUCACUCUUCAAGAGAGGGAAGAUUUCACUCACCACCUUUCCGAAGAUAAAUAUUAAAUAUUAAAUAUUAAAUGUUCUAUUAUAAGCUGAUUGUAAUGUAUUUUUAGUGUCAGGGCCACUUUAUUAUAUUGUAUGUAGAUGUAUCCGGAUAUAUUAAUAAAUACAUUUUGUUGGUGUAUUCAAAAAUUAUAUUUAAUAUUAGUUAAAGUUGAUGAGAUUAUGUCCUCAGUAAUUCACAUGUUAAGAGAUAAGUUGAGUACAUUUUAAAGGAUAUUAACUUUCUCGGACCUAAUAAA